AUGGGCACAACAGCUCCAUUAGCAAUAGGCACCAGAGGCACAGUAGGAUCCCUUAUCAGGAAGGAAAUCGAGUAUUUUCGUAGGCUCGAGUUAGAUUGUGGUGAAACCUCUAACAAGUGCGAGUCAAAAACUCGUGUAGGAAUUGCUAGUCAUACUGCUAGUUUUCCCUCUGUCAAAAAACCCGCGACUAGCUUUUCAACUACUCGAGCUAAGACAGCUACGUUUGGCUCGUUGCUGAGUUUGAGUUGGCGAAAGAAGCGGAGAAACAGCAGCAGCAGUAACAACAAUAACAGUAGUUUUCUUCCUAGUAUGUGUUCUGCUGUGGAUGUUUCAGAAAGUAAGAGAUUUGGUGGGUUUAGUUAUAGAAAUCUUAAAUCAGAUAUGAAUAUAUGA